UCACUAACUAAAGAAAACGACAGUCUACACUCUAUUUUUAAAACUGAAUCAGACUUCCCGCUCGUCAUGCUUAAACCAAUGGAACGUUUGUUGUUGUCUCUUAUCCUCUUCUUCUUUUGCUGGUGCUCCACCGCCACCUUCGCCGCCGCGGCAAAUGACACCGCCGUCCUUGCCCUCUUCCGCUCCCAAACCGACCCCCACGCCACUCUCCUCUCCAACUGGACACUUACAUUCAACGCCACCGCCUGCUCCGCCAAUUGGGUCGGCGUAAACUGCACCAACGGCCGCGUCACCGCCCUGUCCCUCCCUUCCCUCAACCUCCGCGGCCCCAUUGACGCCCUCGCUUCCCUCGACCAGCUCCGCCUCCUCGACCUCCGUGAUAACCGCCUCAACGGUUCUCUCGCUCCCAUCACCCACUGUCUCAACCUCAAGCUCAUUUACCUCUCCGGAAAUGACUUUUCCGGUGAAAUACCGGCGGAAAUCUCCUCUCUCCGCCGCCUCCUCCGCCUCGACCUCUCCAACAACAACCUUAAAGGCUCAAUCCCGGCGAAAAUCUCGAACAUUUCACGCCUUCUCACUCUACGGUUACAGAACAAUGAACUCUCCGGAAUUAUCCCGGAAUCCUUGAAUUCUCUCCAGCAACUCACGGAAUUGAAUUUAUCUAACAAUGAGCUGUACGGGAUGCUUCCUCGGAGUUUAUACAAACGCUUCGGCGGGAAUAGCUUCGCCGGAAACGAAGGGCUGUGUGGGUCCCCUCAGCUGCGGUGUUCACACGCCGGACGGCCGUUAAAUUCCUCGUCUUCUCAGACGGUUCCGUCGAAUCCAAGCUCGUUACCGUCAACUCCCACGGCGGCGAUCGAGGAUCCGGGGAAGAAGCACCGGAAAGGGUUGGGUAGGGGAGCGAUUGUAGCCAUUGUGGUGGCGAAUUCCGUGGCGCUUCUGGUAAUCGCGUCGUUCGUGGUGGCGUUCUACUGCGGAAAGUACUCUCGCGAGACGUAUUCUGUCUCCGGGAGCGAGAGCGGCAAGCGGAGGAGCAGCUACUCAAGCGAGAAGAGAGUUUACGCCAACAAUGGCGGCGGCGCCGCCGACAGCGACGGCACCACUGCCACCGAUCGCAGCAGGCUCGUGUUCUUCGACCGGAGGAAGCAAUUCGAGCUUGAGGAACUGCUCCGAGCAUCGGCGGAGAUGCUGGGCAAGGGCAGCUUGGGAACCGUCUACAAGGCGGCUCUCGACGACGGCCGGACGGUGGCCGUGAAAAGGCUGAAAGACGCAAAUCCUUGUGCCAGGAAAGAGUUUGAGCAGUACAUGGAUGUGAUUGGGAGGCUUAAACAUCCCAACAUUGUAAAGCUCAGAGCUUACUAUUAUGCCAAGGAAGAAAAACUUCUUGUCUAUGAUUAUCUACCAAAUGGAAGCUUACACUCCCUUCUUCAUGCCAAUAGAGGGCCGGGGAGAAUUCCAUUGGAUUGGACAACAAGAAUUGGGUUGGUGUUGGGGGCAGCAAGGGGACUGGCACACAUUCAUGAAGAAUAUGAAGAAUCAAGAAUCCCCCAUGGGAAUGUGAAGUCAUCAAAUGUGUUGCUAGACAAGAAUGGGGUUGCCUGCAUCUCAGAUUUCGGGUUGUCGUUGCUUCUGAACCCCGUCCACGCCAUAGCCAGAUUGGGAGGGUACAAGGCCCCAGAACAGGCAGAAAUCAAGAGGCUAUCACAGAAAGCAGAUGUGUACAGCUUCGGGGUUCUGCUGCUGGAAGUGCUGACAGGGAGGGCUCCUUCUCAGUACCCUUCUCCGACACGGCCAAGGGUGGCGGCAGAGGAGGAGGAGAUGGCGGUGGAUCUGCCGAAAUGGGUGAGAUCAGUGGUGAGGGAUGAGUGGACAGCUGAGGUGUUUGAUCAAGAACUGCUGAGGUACAAGAACAUUGAGGAAGAACUGGUGUCAAUGCUGCAUAUUGCAUUGGCUUGUGUGGUUCAGCAGCCUGAGAAAAGGCCUGCCAUGGCUGAAGUUGCUAAGCUCAUAGAGGAGAUCAGGGUGGUGCAAUCUCCUUUGGGCGAAGACUAUGACGAAUCGCGCAAUUCGAUCUCGCCAUCUCUUGCCACCACCGAGGAUGGAAUGUAAUGGCAUAUAUGAUAUGAUUUCCGGUUUCCACUUAGGUCUGCAAUAACAUGUUGCCAUGUAAUAUUUGUUUGCUUCAUUUGUGUAAUUCCUUUGUUGUGCUGCAUUUGGGAAGAUGAGCUGAUCUAGCCUAGAUAGCAGGUGGUCAAGAAACCAGAUCCCAUGAUUUCAAUGUAAUUCUUUGCAUUCUAAAUUCUACUCCGGAUCCUUUUUCUUGGAUUCUUGGUUUGAGCA